AUGGCUAAAGGUGGAAAUUCACAUAGAUCCACGUUAAAAAAUGAUCAUAAACCAUUCAAAUCUAGACAUACAUCAAAAGGACAAUUAAAGAAUAAAUUGAAAGGAAAAGUUGAAAAAUCAACAAAUUCUGAUUCAAAUUCAUCACAUAAAUCAAUUUCUAAAAUUCAAAGAAAGAAUAUAAAUAAACAAUUGAAAGAGACUAAAAUAUUAGAAACUAAAUUAAUUAAAAAGAUAUAUGAAGGUAAUUCAGGUAUUGAAAAAAUUAUAACUAUAAUUUGUUUAACUGAAGAUUUAUCGCCAAUUGAUAUUGCAAACCAAAUAUUCAACCAAGAUGAGACUACAAAUUUUGAGUUUAACUAUCCUUCAGUUUCAAAUAUACAUAUAUCCAAAUUUAAAACUAAUUUGAAAGUAAUCAUACCUGAUCACACCAACAUUUUAAAUUUAUUAGAUGCUGCUAAAUGUUCCAAUUUUAUAAUAUUUGGAUUUUCUGCAACUGAAGAAGUAGGAGAUUAUGGUGAAACGAUAUUAAGAAGUCUCAUAGCACAAGGUAUUUCAAAUACGUUUGGAGUUAUUCCUAAUUUAAUUUCAACUUAUCCAAAUUCCAAAAAAAAUUUACAAUUGGAUAUUAAACAAUCUUUACAAAGUUAUUAUAAUUAUUUCUUCCCUGGUGGAGAUGACAAAUUAUAUGCCACUGAAGUAAGUAACGAAAUUGCAAAUUUAUUGAGAAAUUUAUGUCAAAGAUUUCCAAAUACAAUCACAUGGAGAGAUUCAAGAGGUUGGUUGAUUUCGGAAACUGUUAAGAUUGAAAAUGAAUAUUUAGUAGUUGAAGGUGUUGUUAGGGGCCAAGGUUUCAAUAGUAAUAGACUUGUACAUAUUCCUGGAUUUGGCGAUUUUCAAGUUGAUAAAAUUGAAAAAUUACAAAAAAGAAGUAGUAAGAAUUCAAUGGAUUUAGAUAAUGAUGUUGAAAAUGAAUUCAUACCCAAUGAAAAUAGAGAUACAUUGGAUGAAUUAAAUUCGAAUGAUGAGGAAAUAGAUAUGGAUCAUGAAGAUUAUGAAAAUUAUGAUGGAUUAGGUGUAAGAUCAGAAGGUAAAAUAUAUUUCAAUGAUGAUGGGACUAGAAGGGCAGAAGAACCAAAAAAAUUACCAAAAGGAACUUCAGAAUACCAAAGCAGGUGGUUUGUAGAUGACGUAUUGGAUGAAAAUGAUUCAGAUCUAGAAGAGGAACAAGUUGAUGAAGAUGAAGCUGAUGAAGAAGAUAUGGUUGACAUAGAUACUCAAACUGAAUACACUGAAAAUGAUAUCCAUGUUGAUCUUUCACAAGAAGAAGAAGAACGUCAAUUACAAGAAUAUAGAAAUCUCGUUAAAGAAGAUAUGGAAUUCCCAGAUGAAAUUGAAUUACAUCCUCAAGAAUCAGCAAUUGAGAAAUUUAAAGAUUACAGAGGUGUUAAAUCAUUAUCUAAUUGUGAUUGGGAUGUAAAUGAGCAAGAUAUUGAAAAACCAAGUAUAUGGAAUAAAUUAUUCAAAGUUGGCAAUUUUAAAACUUCAAAAAAUAAAAUAAAUAAAGAAUUUAUCAAAAAUGUUGAAUUAAAUCAAGGUGAUAAAAUCAGAUUAUUUAUAAAAGCACCAUUACAUAUAAUAGAGUCAUUUAAUCCACAAGUUAAACCAUUUGUGAUUUAUGAAUUAUUUGAACAUGAACAUAAAUUAUCAGUCUUGAAUUUUUCAUUUGAAAAUUGGGAAGAUUAUGAUGAAUCUGUUCCUAAUAAAGAUACAAUGGUGAUUCAAUAUGGACCAAGAAGACAAAUAAUAAAUCCAAUAUUUAAUCAAGGAUCAAAUAAUAAAAAUAAUGUACACAAGACUGAAAAUUUCGUACAUAAAGGAAACACAGUAGUGGCUAGUUGUAUUGCUCCAAUAUUAUUUACAAAUUCACCUGUUAUAUAUUUCAAACCGAAUGCAGAAGGUAAUGGUGUUGAGUUCAUUGGACAAGGUAGUUAUUUAGGAUCAGAUAAUUCAAGAAUAUUAGUUAAACGUGUUGUUUUAACUGGUCAUCCAGUAAAGAUACAUAAAAGAGUUGUCACUGUACGUUAUAUGUUUUUCAAUAAGGAUGAUAUCAAUUAUUUUAAAGCUAUUCAAUUAUUUACUAAAAGUGGUAGAUCUGGUUUUAUAAAAGAAAGUUUGGGUACUCAUGGUUAUUUCAAGGCUAAUUUUGAUGGUAAAUUGACAUCACAAGACAUUGUUGGAAUGAGUUUAUAUAGAAGAGUUUGGCCUGAAAUUUCAUCCUUAUAUAAUGAAUAA